UUUUGAAGCAUAUUUUCAUACUCAUUGGAAUAUGAGUAAAUUUUGCGAUGAGUGCUAGAGAACUGUUCAAUCGUAUAUGCCAUUGGGGUCCAAUCAUUGCAAUAUGCAUUAUAAAUUGCAUUACAUUUUCCACUCUUCAGGUUACCUCUAUGUGGCUUCCCGUUUUCUCAUCAUGGAAUGCUACGUUUAAUUACUUUUUGUUUCUAUUUUUCGUUGGUGCUACAUUAUACAAUUUUUUUUGUGCAAUGUUCAUUGGUCCUGGGUACGUUCCCCAUGGAUGGAAACCAGAGAAUGUAGAAGAUUGUCGCUAUCUUCAAUUUUGUACUUUGUGCCAUGGAUAUAAAGCUCCUAGAGCUCAUCAUUGUCGUAAAUGCAAAAGGUGUGUUAUGAAGAUGGAUCACCACUGCCCAUGGAUCAAUAACUGUUGUGGGCACUUGAACCAUGCCAAAUUCACAUUGUUCUUAAUAUCUGCUGUCUGUGGUUGUGUGCAGUCCUCAGUUUUACUUUUCUUGGGCUUGUAUAGAGCUUUUCGAGUGACAUGGUAUUUUCUUCAUGGAGAACGUACAUACAUUGUUUACUUGACAAUUUAUCAGCUUGCCUUUACUGUCUUUAGUUUUGGUCUUGCUCUCGGUGUUGUUCUUGCUGUUGGGGGUUUAUUUUAUGUUCAGAUGAAGCAAAUUAUUCGAAAUGAAACCAGCAUUGAAAAUUGGAUUGUUACCAAGGCUCUUGUAAGACCUAGACCAGAAUACAGUCAGUUUGUUUAUCCAUAUAAUAUUGGAUGGUGGAGAAAUAUAAAACAAGUUUUCUGGGAUUCACUUGGGAAUGGCAUGACAGACUGGCCUCUUGUGGAUGGUUGUCACCAAUAUUCGCUAACGAUAGAACAGAUUAUUCAGAAAGAUGACAAAAGAGCAAGAAAAAAACAAUAUACCAUUGUUGAAAAUUAUAAUGGAUCAUGGUUUCCAAUUUCAAAAGGAAUUAGGACCUGUCUUUCGCCACCAUGUAGUGAUGAAUCACGUAUUCCGUUGCGUGUAGGAGAUGCAGUUUAUGUAACAAGAUGGCGAAAAAGGUGGUUGUAUGGUGAAAAAUGUAAUCUUGCUACCGAAUCGGGUGAUGUUGAGGUAAAAGGUUGGUUUCCUAGGUGCUGUGCUGUUGAGUUUACAAGUACAGAAUGCGAAGUAGGGAAAUUGGCAAAAAAGAUUUCUUGAUGGCAAAUGUGCUGUGUAAAAUAACUAUGUGCAAUGAAAAAAUUUGUGAAAUUUGAUCAAAAAAUAUCUUCCAAAAAAUCUGCAUUGUCUCUUGAAAGAUGUAUGCAAUCUAUAUAUGCAAUCUAUAUUUUUUAAUAAAGUUUUGCUACAAAUGUUCCUUGGAUUUUUCCCCACUGUAAAUCAUACUUUUCAUUUUUGAAGCUAUGAAGCUAUAAUUUUUAAUCCAAAUUUAUUUCUGUUUUACAUUUAGUACAUUCCCAAUUUUCCUCGGAAGUGGCUGAAUCGUCUAUCACGUAUAAUCCUUACAGGUAGCAAAUCGACAGAUAUAUGCAUUUGGACAAUUUGACACAAUAGGUAACAUUAACUAGUAAUUGAGGAUUAAUUUCAUUGCUAUUAAAUGUGUAGAUUUCUUAAUGCGGAAUAUGCUUUUAACAUGAGCUAAAGCUAUAUUGUGAGCUCACUUGAGCACACUGACCUUUAAACUUCCCCGUCUUAUAAUCGCUUUCUUAAAAUUUUUACCUUCCAUAUCAUUUACCCAUUUUUUCAUUAGUUGCAUGCUUGAAGCCUCGAUCAUUAAUGUCACAAAGCACUUAGAUUAUCUUCCUCAGCAUUUUCUCCAUGAGCUACAAAUUUCUCUGUUAAAUCAUAAGCAGAUGUAUUUUCAGAAUCUGCCAAUGAUUUUAUUUAAAUGGAAUACGAGGACUUCGAGAGCCAAGGCCCUUGUCAAUUCGGUUGCUGGGCCCCGCUUUUCAACUAAAAUUUGCCAUAUUUAUGCUACUCCUAUUCCGAACCGGACCCCUCAAAGGGAGGGACCCCUAGUUUCCGACUGGGCUGACAUGGCCUCUCAUCAGCCCUGAAUGGAACAAGGUUUUAAAAUAAAUAUUCAAAAGCUCAUCUUGCUUCACUAAAAUAAAUUUCAUCUGAAGGAUAGGAAUUGAAAGAAAUGGAAAAUUCAGGCAUGUGGAUAACCCUUCCAAGGAUAAUGAGUGUACUGUGUUGCUUAUUUAAUGCCAAAAUGUUGCGUGGAAGUUAUUUUUGUUCUUAAAUGUUUGCAGAUACAGUCAACUCUCGAUAACUCGGAAGUCUAAAAGGACCGGCUGAAAUGUUCGAGUUAUUGGUUGUUUGAGUAAUAGGAAAUUUCCGCAACAAUAUCUAGUUUGGGACCCGAUGAAAACUUCGAAAUAAAGAAAUAUUCGAGUUAUUGAGAUUUGACUGUAAUUUAUUCUAUUUUUCAAAUGUUAUACCAUAGUUUUCCUUGAGGCAUUUUAAAGUCUCUUUUAUCACCUAUUACUUAUUUGCUAGUACUGGUUAGAGUAAUAUUUAUUAUGUUGGGUGAUUGCUGGUUGUGAUGUCUUUCUAAAGGUUGGUUUAUAUUUUAUUUGAUACUUUUCUGUUUUUCUUGCAAUCUAAUUGUUCUUGUUCUUACUGUACAGUCACGAAAACUUUUGCAAGUUUAAAAGUGUGCUGAAUACUGCUUGACAAUUUCCUUUCCUGUGUAUUUUUUUCAGCAUUCGUAGCUCUUAUAAUGGACUAAAAUUUAAAAUGC